AUGAUAGUUACUCUCAUUUUGAUUUUGUUUGUCACAUACAAAUUAUAUGAGCGUUUCUUUCCGGCAUCAUGGGGUGAUCCAAACGGAAAAUAUGUGCUAAUAAGUGGCUGUGAUACCGGUUUCGGAAAUGGACUUGCAAAAGAAUUAGAUUGCCAAGGCUAUAACGUAAUAGCAGGAGUUUAUUCGAAUAAUACAAUAGAACAGCUCGGUAAAGAAUUAUCAUCUAAAGCAACAGUGUUCAAAUUAGAUAUAACGAAACAGCAGGAUAUUGAUGGUGCCUUCGAAUUAGUUAAAAGUAAAACAGAUAAUUUACACGCGUUAGUUAACAAUGCUGGUGUAGGCAGAGGUGGACUGAUCGACUGGACACCUCUGACGUUGUAUCGCGAUGUAAUGGAAGUGAAUUUUUUUGGACAUGUCUCAAUGACAAAAACUUUUCUCCCAUUAUUAUUGAGACAACCCGGUAAUCGAAUUGUGAAUAUUUCCUCUAUCGCUGGUUACUUUGCUUCGCCUGCUGUAUCAGCAUAUUGUGCGAGUAAGUACGCGUUAGAGGCUUUCUCCGAUUGUUUACGUCGAGAAAUGGCACAGUGGGGAUUAAAGGUGUCUGUCAUCGAACCGGGAUUAAUGAGAACAGCAAUUUUUGAAGGAAAAGAAGAAGCGCUGUCUCAAUUAUGGACUAAUUUAACUAGUGACACGAAAGAACGAUGGGGUGAAGCGUUUUUCGACCAACAUAUGAAGCGCAUGAAUGACUUCAUGAAGAAUACACAAGAUCCGAUGAUUGUCGUUCGCGCGUUACAACAUGCUGUGUCAAGCUCUAAGCCAAACUUUCGCUUUAGGCCAUGA